AUGGCGGCGACCGGUGAGAGCGGUGGGGUAACCGGAAUCAAGCGGGAGCAUCUCGGCAUUCCCGAGGCGGUGUUUGUGGUAAGAUGUACGCUGCGUGCGCGCUCUCCCCCCGAGCUGCCGGGGGGUCCGUGCAGGGGGUCCCCGAGAGAGGCCCAGCAUGGCCCAGCGUGGAGCAUGGCUGUCAUCAUGGUAACUGAGGCGGUGCCAUGCCUCUCAGGGAAGAUCGUGGCCGCCUCAGCCACACUGCCUCUCACACAGCAAACCGGCUGAUACCAGACAGCAUUAUUUAAAAUAAUUACACAGUGUGUGUGUGUGUGUGUGUGUAUAUGUCCCAUCUGUGCAUUGUUAAAAUAGCUGACAGGCAGCCCCAAUGGUAUGUGCAGGCCUUUACUAUUUAUAAAUAUCAAGCCCCACAUUAUGUCACAGUGCAGCACAAUGGUUGGGCAAGAUUUAUGUAAGUAUUUAAAAAAAAAAAAAAAAGGUGUAAUUUACAUGUUUAGGAGGUGGUAAUGGCCCAGGCCUUGUUCUGCUUGUGAUGGAUACGUGUUUAGAACCUAUGGCUUUAGAAUAGCUGCAUGUUAAUAAUAGCUUUAAAGAGAUACUAUAGUGUUAGCACGUUAGCUCCUCUCCUGCUUAGUAAGAGUUCAAAUACCCUUACUGUACUUACCCAGUGCCAGUGUAACUCUGCCCUCUCUGUCAUCCGAUGUGGGCGCUAAUGCGCAGAUGCAUCCGGCGCAUUAGUUCCACCCAAUAGGAAAACAUUUCUGUAAUGCUUUCAUAUGAAGAAUUGACUGCUUCUGGAUGUCCUCAUGUAGCGCAUGUGAACGUCCAGCGUCAGGCAACCAAAAGUUUCCUCACCACCUGGAAGUGCUACUGGAGGCAUUCUUAAUCCUGCAAGGUAGUUAAUGCAGUUCCUCAGAUACUGCAGUAAUUACCAUUGCAAGCUUAAGAGGACAGGAACAUUGCGCCCAGACCACUUCGAUGAGCUGAAGUAGUCUCGGUGUCUAUAAAGUCUCUUUAAAAACGAUAGGCACACAGAACACUUAAUCUUAGCGAAGUGGUCAGGGUGCAGUGAGCUUUUAAUUUUAACCCUACAAGCUAAUACAUUAUCGUUGCAGUAGAUACUGCGAUGUUUGCAGUGUUAAACCACAUCUAUUGUCUGUCUUCCUGGCAUCCUCUGAAGGUGCUUCAGCUGAAAAACCAACUGAUUCCAUUAUUUAAUCAAAUGCUCAUAGAGCGCAUUUGAUUGGCGCAGCAUUUUGCUAUGCGGGCGCACUAGCCACACCACGCUUGCCAGUUGGGAAGUAUUGGGUUGCUGAGAUCAUCAAUCCUGACAAUUUAAAACAGGUGUCGCAGUGAGGGAGUAAAGUUGGCAAAAACUAUCUUUUAAACACGUAGGGGUUAACACUGUAGUAUUCCUCUAACAUAGCAUCUAACUGAGUGAGAUUCAUACCACUGUAUUUAACUUUUUACAUUUAGUUUGUACAUUAGCUGAAGACGUACAGAAUUGAAAUGUACCAGUAAAGCAACCUCUGCUUUCACAUCUUCAAUCUGAACUGAUCUGUGACAUUUCCACUUUGUCUUCUACUUGUAUAGUAAAAAUAAUUUUAAAAUGGAGUAAUUUCAUUAAAAGUUCUCCUCUGCAUUAAUUUGAAAUUUCCACAUUUAUCACCAGCUCAUGCCAACAUGACUACAUUAUGAUGUAAAUAAGCAGGAUUCUGACAGAUUAAAUAUAAUGAUGCCAGUAUAUGCAAUCAGUGCUCAAUGUUUCCACUGGCGAGUAGAGUCCUUCUGUAACAUUUACCUCUGGUCCACUCGUGCUGCUCCUGUGGUCUUCACUUAUUUGCCCUGCAAACCUUCUCCAUGACAAUGACCUGUUGUGGGUUCCCCAUUCCUUUACGCCCCAGCCAGCACUCGCAACACUGGCCGGGACGUUACCUUUUGUUCUCCACCCGUAGCAACCACAGCACAAGCAUGACACCACCAUGCUUGUGCUGUGGUUGCUACGGGUGGAGAACACAAGCACUGCCUGUGGGAGGUCUCUUCUGCUCUACCUGUCAAAUCUUCGGCAUGUACCGAAGAGCUGAUUGACAGGUGGGAGAAAGAUAUAGUUUUAAAAUAGGUGUUUCUCCCGAUUGUUACAUUUGCUAGCACAAUUUGCACAGUGUAUAGAUGAAAUGUCAUGCUCUUUCCAAAGUGCAUGAGGAGUGGGGGGGGGGUCCUCUCUAAAGCCUGGCUAGUAGCAUAUAUACUUAAAAUUUAUAAGUCCUAGUUCAAUAUUUUCAGGAUUCAAUGUGCUUUUAUUUAGAGUUAGCAGUAUAAGGUACAUAAGUGACCCCUAAAUUUUCAGUAAUGACCACAAAAGAAUGAUGCAAGCUUUUAUAUUUUCUCUUUAUAAAAUAUUAAUUUUGUAUUAAUUCUUUAUGGUUCCUUUAAAUAUAUGUUUGGGCUGCACACACUCUUUGCCUAAACCAAGGAAACUGCCUUAACCCCUUAAGGACCAAACGGCUGGAAUAAAAGGGAAUUACCAGAUUUUACUAAUUACAUGACGUAAAGUUGUGAUUUUAUAAAGGACACGGAGGCGAAUAUUAUGCUUAUCUCCUUCAUUAUACCUCGGCAGCAAAGAGAAGGUAUAAGACAUUCAUAGAAAAAAAAAAAACUGGAACAAGUUCUCAAAGGGUUAACACAACAUUCUACCCUUAACCAAUGGGAACAGUCCAUAACCACCCAUGUGACCUCUCCACUCCCUCUUUCUUUGGUCCUGCCGAAGCUUAAUCACUAUAAACGUGAGUAGAACAACUGGAACAACAUAUCCAGUGUGUCGAACUAUAAACGGAACUGUGGAACUUAUCUGCGUGUACUGUGAUGAUAACCAUUCAUCCACGACGUCGACUGUUGCUCAUCAAGCUGAAAUGGGAGAGAAAAAGAUAUGGGAACGUGUGGUCUAGAGACUGUUUGUCACAUUGAUGGUGGCUAAUUCUUACUAUACAUGUUAUUGUCUACAGACUAACUUACAUGCUGUAGGUGCUACUGUAUGUAAUAUAUCUCUAUCAUACAUAAUCAACUUGAAUCUAGACAAAGCCCCCAAUGAUGACUCCCACUACUACAACUUACCGGGUGGGAAUUCAACUCUUUUUGUUUAUCUGGUAGAAAAAUGAGAUGCUUACCGGGUGGGCUAAUAUUCGCCUCUGUGUCCUUUAUAAAAUCAUGACUUUACGUCAUGUAAUUAGUCAAAUCUGGUAACUUUAUUAAAGGACACGGAGGCUCAUAUUAUGCUAGUUCAAAGCUGUGCAAUAACUGACGACGAUACGUGGUCUGCAGGGCGAAAAUAGUAUUCCUUAAAGGUGGAUUCACGGGACCAGUCUGCCGUCUGCAAAAGGUCUUCCAAUCUGCAUCCCAAAGUAAAUGCUUUAGACGUCAUGGCUCCCCUAGUGGAGUGUGCCCCAUAUAUGGAGGUAUCUAUAUUUGCAGAGGUCAUUAUCAAUCUCACCCAUCGGGCUAUUGUUACCGAAGAUACUGGUUGGCAUGGCGUGUUAAUGGCCAGGAACAAUUCAUGAUGUCUAGGGUUUCAAAAUGCUUGUCAGUUUCUCGUAUUCUUUGAGACAGGCUAUUGGACAUAGGUUUGCAUUGUGAGGGAAUGCUGGAUAUGAUACUGUUGAGAUCGCUGAUUUAGUACGUCUGGAAAUGUUGAAAGUCACUCCCGUUGGAGUGAACGAGCGUGCAUCAACAUCCAAUGCUCGGAUGUCUGAGACUCUUUUGCAUGAUAUCAAGCAGAAGAGCAUGGCCAGUUUCGCUGAUAGUUGUUUAAGUGUGAGAGUAGAGUUCUGUGGCCAUUGUUCCAAUAAAUUUAAGACUAGAUUUACAUCCCACAUUGAUGUAUAUAGGGGUUGUGGGGUUCUUGCAAAUCUAACCCCGCAUAAUAGUCUGCACACCAGAAGGUGUUUACAUGCUGGUGAUCCUUCUAUGCCCUUAUGUCCAGCGGAUAUCGCUGACUUGAAUACAUUGAUAGUCUGGUAUGCUAGGCCUUGGUCGUAUAGGCGUGUAAGGAAACGCAGUAGGUAGUUCACAGGGGCACAUAUGGGAUCCACUUGUUGUUCCAGGCCCGAGUAGGAUCUCUGUGUUCCUGGAGCCCAGGCUCCCGCCAGUAGUUCAAGAGUUGCCUGUGGAACCUCUGGCACGACCCAGGGUCCCCUGAAAGGAGCCACGCUAAUAACCUGAGUUGUCCCUGCAUCAUCAGUGGGUGUGGGUUCCCUUCGGGAUCUGACAGACGCGGGUUCUCGGAAGCAGUCUAGGAAGGUCUAUAGACAUCUCCAUGAGUGAAGGGAACCAAGGCUGUGUUGUCCAGAAUGGCGUUAUGAGGACCAGAGGUGUCUGUGAGCGGUCGAGAUGUACCAAGGUCCGUGCCAGCAGAGCGAACGGAGGGAAUGCGUACAGUCUUCUGCUCGGCCAUGGUUGGAGGAAUGCAUCCGUAGCUAGUGCCUCUGGAUCUGGUCUCCAGCUGAAGAAUUCCGGAAGUUGUGUAUUCAAUUGAGACGCAAACAGGUCCAUGUACAUCGGGCCCCACAGCGUUUGUUGUCGUAGGAACGCUCUGCGGUCCAGGUGCCAAUCGCUGGCAUCCCGCAGGUGUCUGGAGUUCCAAUCCGCUACGAUAUUAGAGAGUCCCGGGAUGUAUUCGGCUCGUAUUGAUAUGUUGCGGUCCAAGCAAAAUUGCCAGAAUUCUGUGGCUAAAUCUGCAAAAAUUUUGGACCUGGUGCCGCCGAGGCGGUUGAUGUAUUGCACUGCUGAUAUGUUGUCCAUCCUCAAGAUGAUGGAGCAAUGUGUCGUGGGACCUAAGAGGCUCUUCAGCGCGAAUGAUCCCCCUAUAAGUUCUAGGCUGUUGAUAUGCAGUGCUCUUUCUGAUUGGGACCAUCUUCCGCCUGUGGAGAUAUGACCACCACAACGUGCUCCCCAACCCUGUGUGCUGGCAUCGGAUUCUAUUAUGCAGUCUGGGGCGGUGCCGAAGAUCGCUCUGCCAUUCCACGCUUCCAUGUGUUGCAGCCACCACUUGAGUUCCUCCUUGGCUGUGUGAUCGAGUUGCACGGAGUUUGAGUAGGAGUGACCUGAUUGUAGCUGAGCGGCUUUUAGUCUCUGUAGGGCACUGUAAUGCAGAGGUCCCGGGAAGAUCGCUUGUAUGGAUGCCGAGAGGAGUCCAAUUAUUCUGGCUAGUUGUCUCUCAGUGAGCGUUGGGCGAGCCAACGUUCUACAAAUCUCCUUUUUGAUGGUUUUGAUCUUCGUGAGCGGUAAGUUUAGGGUCCCAUGGACUGCCUCUAUAUUGAAUCCUAGGAACUCUAUGGACUGGGAGGGGAUUAGCACCGACUUCUCCCAGUUGAUUAGGAAUCCUAGGUUACGUAGAAGCGCUAUUGCCCAGGUUAGGUGUUGUUGAAGUAAGAGUACAUCCUGUGUCAUGAUCAGUAUAUCGUCCAAAUAUAUGAUCAUGCGCACUACUCUGCUGCGCAGCAGCGCCACCACCGGUUUCAACAGUUUCGUAAAGAACCAUGGUGCUGAUGAUAGGCCGAAUGGCAGUCACUGGAACCUCCACGUCUGUGCGUUCCAUUGAUAUUGGAGGAGGUGGUGACAUUCCUUCACGAUGGGGAUGGCGAGAUUGGCAUCUUGCAGGUCUAGUUUGACCAUCCAAUCCCCCAACCUGAGAAGGUCUCGCAGGCAAUGAAUCCCUUCCAUUUUGAAGUGGUGAUAUCGUACAGAUGCAUUGAGUGGGCAUAGGUUGAUCAGCGGCCUUACUCCCCCGCCCUUUUUGGGAAUCAGGAACAGGUUGCUCAGGAAACCCGGGGAGUGAGGUGCGACUUGGUAGAUCGCGCCUUUCUCCUUUAGUGCUUUGUUUUCCCUCGACAUGAGUUCCCUGUCCUGUGGGGUAAACACCAUCCGCUGUGGCAUUGUUGCUUGGACUGGGAUAGUCUGCCCCCUACAUAUGAUGUACAAGAAGGGGGGGGGGGGGAGGAAGAGUACUUACCAUAAGGCCGUCGGCCGUAUGUGGCACCCCUGUGUCCUCUGUGUUGCAAUGAUCUGCCCCUGACUGGAAAGAAGGGUGAGGGACUUCUGGUCUCCGUCUGUGGGAACCUGGAUGUAGUGGGGCCCCGUUAGCCCCGGUAGGAGCCCCGUGAUGGCAGCUGGACAGACGGCCCCGGUGUCUGCCAGCCCUCCCAAAAACCUUUGGGGAGAACACUUGUUUCAAGUUUGUUUGCGCCUUGUCCAGGGCUGUAAAUGUGCUCACAUAAGUGCCCAACUCCUUCACGAAAUUGUCUCCGAAAAGGAGGCCUUUUGCCUGAGGUCCAGGCUCAGAUAUGGCCAUAUUGACCAGUUUUGGGUCAAUCUUCAUGAGGAUCGCUUUGCGUCUCUCUGUACUUAGCGCAGCGUUGGAGUUGCCGAUAAGGCAAAUAGAGCGCUGUGCCCACUCUAUAGCCAAGAGGUCUACUGGUGUGCCACCUGAGAGUGCAGCUUCGACCAUGUCAAAAAAAUUUGCGCUGGGGCCCAAGGAGUCAAGCACCUUAUCCUGGCAGUGGCGCAGGGAGUAAUCCAGCCCUUUCUUGGCUUUCCAGACAGCUUUCCCCAGGAACUGGGCAAUUUUUGGGUCUAGUUCCGGUGUGGCACAAGCCAUAUCGGGGACCGUUGGACGUGGGCAUUCCGCCCUAAGUUUAUUCCUGGUGGCUUUAUCCAGGGGUUUUCUAAUCCUGGCCACUAUAUAUUGGGCCACAUGGUCAGCUGGGAACCAUUCCGUAGACCUAGGGUGUUUGUAGGUCAUCCGGAUUAAAUAGGGGCUCCCCCUGCGGGUCUAAAAUGACGGAAUCAUCCGUGGCCACCUUGCCCAUGUUGGCUGGUUUGACUGCUAAGCUGCGCUAUGGAGAAGAGUUCUCAGAUUCAAAAGAGCCGAUUUCCUCGGACUCGCUCAAUACUUUCUCAGGGUCCGAAUCAGUCGGAUAUCUCUGUUAGGGCUUUUGCCCAUUUCCAUGCCCUCACCGUUUUUGCCCGGCGGGUGUCUCGUUUACGUGGGGGCCCCACGUCCUCAUUAGUGACAGGACGCGACCUGUCAGUCAUGCUAGUUUUGGAGGUUUGCUUGCCCACAUGGUUGGUCUUUUCUGUAGCCUUGCGCUUGCUGAGGGAUGCAGGCUUGUCAUCUUGGGCCUUGGGGCGGAGGCCGCUAGGGUUGUGGCUAGACGCCAAGAUGGCGUUGCUGAAUGAUUGGGUCAGGUUAUAUGACAUCGCCCCCAUCGCUGUGUAGAUGGCUUGGGUGACCGAUUUGGUCAUUGUCACAUCUAGGAGUGAAUGGAACUCUUCCGAGUUCAGUUGCUCCAUAGAUGCCAUAUCCUCUCCCUGGGGGAGAUUGGGCGCGGAGCAGGGGACACGCGGUGUGUGUGGUGUCCUUACUGGCAGCAGUAGGAAUGGAAACCUCCUGGUCCUUGGGGUGCUGCAUUCUCGACAAAGAAUCUGAAGCAAGCUUGGAACACUAAACUUACUAUCAAUGGGAGCAAGGGCACUCUGAAUGUAACAGAAUAUAUAUGUGUGUGUGUAAGAUAUGCUAUGAUAGCACACAGCAAUACUGUCACUUUAAAUUCUAUGUUGGAAAGUAUUACAAUCCUCUGCAAGCGAAACAGUUAACAAUGAUCUCUCUGGCCAGUUAAGUGUGACCGGGCAAGGCACAAACAAAUGCUGUCAGCUUACUGAGUGUUCCUUCCGGAAUGGCCGCAAGGGAACACUGGCAAGCUGCCAGCCACAGUCAGUAACCAAUCUGAGCGCCCCCGCCCCUGGGGGCGCUGGGGAAAGUGUGGCAAAAUCCCUGUCAGAGGCGGCAGUUACAAUGGCCGCGGUGCGGCCGCCAAUGUACCUGUGCGCGCGGCACCCGGCUGUGAAAUGCCCGCACUGGGCAAACAGCUGCCGCGGAGUAUAGCAGGGGAAAGGACCGGGUUGCCUGGAGGUGCGCGGGUAAUAAACUACCCGGAGAGGUGAGGGAGGGGGUUUACCGCCGGGGAGGACGGGAAACCAUAGGGAGGGAUAGUAAAGUCAUAUGAACCUUCGUUAUACCAAUAAUUAAUUAUACAGAGAUGGUCUAUACACAGAAGUAUACAUGAAGAGAAUUACAUAAAAGAAUAUACAAACUCCUAUGAACCUUAUUUCUACCCACAAUAAAGUAUACAGACGAGAUAUAUACAGAAGUAUACAUGAAGAAAAAUACAUAAAGGAAUAUACCAAAUCUAGCAAAUCCAAACAGAAAUUUCUCUGGAGUAGAGAGAGCUAAAAUUGGGUAAUACUUAGCUGAGGCAGCGGCAAAGAAAGAGGGAGAGGAGAGGUCACAUGGGUGGUUAUGGAUAUGUGGUCUGUUCCCAUUGGUUAAGGGUAAAAUGUUGUGUUAACCCUUUGAGAAUUUGUUCUAGUUUUUUUUUUUUUCUAUGAAUGUCUUAUACCUUCUCUUUGCUGCUGAGGUAUAAUAAAGGAGAUAAGCAUAAUAUGAGCCUCCGUGUCCUUUAAUAAAAUCAUGACAUGUCACACAUGUCAUGUGUCCUUAAGGGGUUAAAGAAAACACUUUUUAGUGUUUAGAAUGUAAAGAUCUAUUAAACUGUUGAAGUUAACUGAUUUUGAUUUCUGCACCUUCUUCUUAUAUGCAGGAAGAUGUAGAGGCUUUUAUGAAGAAACCUGGAAAUGAGACAGCAGAUGCAGUCCUCAAGAAAUUGGAUGAGCAGUAUCAGAAAUAUAAGUUUAUGGAAGUAAAUCUUUCUCAGAGAAAAAGAAGGUAUUUCAUGUUUCCAUUUGAUUAUUUUUUUUUAAAUGAAAAUAAUCUUUUCCCAUGAUGUAAUAACAUCUGUUUGUUCUGUAUUUUGAUUAUUCUGAUGUCUGUCUUAUUUAUUGUGCCUCAACAACGUUGGCUUACUGAAGCAGUAGAAAUUAUGUCUCUGACAUCUCACUGCUCAAGUUACUUUUGUUUUUAUCCACGUGACCCCUGGUUGUGAUUGACACCCCCUGAAUGAAAAAAUGUCUUUGUUUUACAAGUGUUUAUCUGCUCUGUAAACUUUAACCACACACUGCAUAGAAGGCUAUUAACAGGAGAUUAGAAAUUCAAAAUCAAACAUUUGUUAUAAAGGAAGUUUAAACAUUAGAUCUUUUAAAAGGAUGUGUUUAGGGAAGCUGUGCACAUUACAUACAGGGAGGUGUGAUUAGGGGUACAUAAACAAAGUGGUUGAACUAUGGCAAAUAAUUGAGCAGUGAGACUGUAGGGCAAGGCAUGUCAAAGUCUGGAUCGGGCCACAUAAACAAGGUUUAUGUGGGGCGCAAAAAAAAUACUGUAAAUUUUCAUAGAAACUUAGGUUUAUUUUUAAAAGAAUAGUAUAAACCCCCUCUACUAAUCCACAGCGCCCCCUCUACAAAAUCCCAGCCCACCCUCUACUACUGACGUCUACCACCCUGUGACAAAUCUGAUCCUCCCGCUGACACACACACACACUCACUCACUGACAGACAUACACAUACAGACACACUGAGACACACAUGCUCGCAGACAGGCACAUUAUUUUCUUUAUUGCUCCUUACCUUAUGGAGCCGAUGUGGGGCAUCUCCCUGGGGUCCUUCCUGCUCCCUCGCGUGGUUUAGUGAUGCCGGGUGCUGGAAUAUGACGUCAUAUUCUGGCGCCCGGCUUCGCUUCAGACGGCGCGUGCGAGGGAGCAGUGAGGAGCAGCAACACUGAGCUCCAUCGCUGGCCGCGUGUUAGCAGAGUAGGCACCUGCAACAUGGGGAAAGCAGGUGCCUACUCUAUUACACCAGCAUGUACUCUCGGCUCGCUGGGCCGCAAAGACGGUCCUUGUGGGCCACGAGUUUGACAUCCUUGCUGUAGGGGAAUGAUCUAUAAACCAAAACUACUUCAUUAAGCUAAAGUUGUUUUGGUGACUAGUGUCAUUUUAAAAAAGCACACUCCAACUGAUAAAAGUGUAUGUACAAAUGUAUGUGUUGGCAAAUUUCUAAAAGUUUGCAUCCAUUCAGGGCAGUCUAUAACGUGGGGCAAAAGGGGCAGCUGCCCUGGGCCAAGUUGCUCCCAGGGAGCCCAAAGCAACUGCACCGAUCCUAAAAUUAAAUUGUUGCGGGCCUGCACACUAAGGGGGCCCAGGGCACCACAUUCAGGGAGAAUUGAUUCCUCACUGUGCCAAAUCUGCUAAUCGGCUGGUGGGGGGGAGGGGUUGCCAGAGCCGGAUGCAAUAGUCUCCGUUUCUGGUCGAGCCCCCUUCUUUGAGCUAGCAGGAAGAUCAACAGCUGUUGAAUAGACUCCCUGGUGGUCCAGUGUGCUGCUGCGUCUGCCACACUCUCACGCGGUCCGGAGCACUAGGAGUGUCAGAGCAGCCUGGUUCCACCGCCAAAAUUAAAGCUAAACACACCCCUGCAUUCAAAAACGAACACUACACAUAAAUGUAUACUUGCAUUCAAAUGCAAACACACCCCCUACAUUCAUACAAAAAAAUGCUUACAUACAAACACUGCUCAGUGCUAAAUACAACCUUGCAAGCAUAAGGAAAUGGUAGAGCCCCAGCUGUCAAAGCAUUGUUGGAGUUGCAUGACAGAUGGGGAUCUACCUUUUGGCCACCCUUGCAAUGGCGGGACCCAAAACAAGUCUUCCACCAGGGCCCUCUCUACUUUAGUUCUGUCACUGCGUUGCAGUGGAGGACGUGAUUGCAUGCCAGGGUGUGGGGAGGCAGGGUCCAGGGGCCCAAGCAAAUGCUUGCCCAGUGUCCAACUAUUAAAGAUGGCCUUGCAUCUAUCCCACUGGUUUGGUUUAUGCGUGCAACACCGUGAUAAUACUAUGCAGACUGCUGCAUCUAACAAAACCAAUAGUAAAUAAAAAUUAGAUAAUUUUUCUAUAUUUAUUUUUUAUUUUUUUUGAGACCCUGCAACCAUGCAAAUAAGUAUUCCUGGCUGAACCCAGUACAUUUUACAGUUUGGUAUACGUAAUAAACCUGGAUUUAGUCAUGAAUGUGUAAAUCCAUGCCAAAAUUUUAGAUAAAUAAUAAACCUACCGUGAAAAUAAUUUUCUCUACGUCUCACUUCUCUGUAAGCAAAAUUAUUUAUUUUUGAAAAAUGAUUCAAUCCAUUUUUUCUUUUUCCUAUACAGGUUAAAAAAUCAGAUUCCUGAAAUUAAGCAAACAUUAGAAAUUUUAAAACAUAUGCAAAAGAAGAAGGUAUGUUUUUUUGUUUUGUUUUCUCCCUACUCCAAAGUUUAGUGAAUUCAGAAAUAUGUUUGGGUAUUAUUUAAUCUGUAUAGCUUCCUUUAUUUAAUACAAGGUUUCCUUUGUCACAUGUGACAUGUCAGUACAUCUAAUUGAAGUGGGUAUAGCUUCUGGAAUCCCCUGGCACAGUCCUUCUGUACAUUGGUAAACUGUUUUUAAAGGAACACUAUAGGCACCAUAACAAAUUAAGCAGAAUGACACAAACACAAAAGUCUUUAAUUCAGAGCCAUUUAGCUCUGUCUAUCUGCUUCUCACUUGAUUCUUGAAACACAAAGUCUUUAAUAGGGUCUUAACUGGUUGACUGAGAGUGUCCACUGUUUCUUCAAGCCAAUUAGUACCUCUCCAUACACAAAACUACUUGAGAAAUGUACAGACUUUUCUCAAGCCGCUUCCAUGAAAGGGGAGCUAGUGAUUAAUUUUGAGCCACAAUGAAUGCUCUCAGCCGAUCAGCUGUGCCCCUGUCCAAAGAUUUCUAUUUCAAAAAGUGGAAGGACAUGGGCAGAACUUAACUGUUGGUCUCAAGACUUGGGAAUUAAACAUUUUUUAUGAAAGGUUUAACCUCUAAGGCAAGGGUGCUCAAAAGGUGGAUUACCCAGAUUUUAUUUUUUAAAUUUUUAAAAAAAAUUUUUUUUAAACUACAACUUCCAUGAUGUUUUUUCAUAUGAAAAACAUCAAGGUAGUUGUUGAUCAUGCCAGGGUGUAAGUAGCCAAGGAUUAUCAUGUGACAUUGCCAGGGGUCUCCUGGCUGUGUAAAGGGACACUGUCUGUUUUUAUUUGCAGUUCACUCUUUCUUUCAAGCAUCUUGCCACUGAGCCCCUCUCCCCAUAUCUACUACUCUAUAUAGUGUUUCUGAUGACCAUAUUUUCUAGAAUAAUAUGCAAUUUCGUUAAUAACUGCCAUAGUGGCUGUACCAUUUUCCAUGGACAUUAGACAUAUCCUGCAUGGUUUCAGCAAUAUCCAGCCAUAAAAGUGAUUGUGUUGUGACUCUGUUUAGAAGGAGUGUUGCACUUUGGUUUCCUGUCAGUGGGUGCCUUUCUCUUCAGUGAGUGUUUCUAUGAACAUAUUUUAAUUUUUAAAGUGCAAACAUGUAUUUUAUUUUAUAAUGAUGCUUGUCAUUUUAAGAUUUUCAUUUUUUAAAAAUUAUUUUAAUAAACUCUUCCCUCUGUUAUUUCUGUCAGGAUACAACUGAACCAAUGGAAACCAGGUAUUUACUGGCAGAUAAUGUAUAUUGCAAAGCAUCCGUACUGCCCACCGAUAAAGUCUGCUUGUGGCUGGGGGUGAGUAUGUUAUAUUAACAUUAUAUCGCACCAACAUUCUGCAAUGUUUUAUGGUAACACAAUUGUAAUGCCAAAAUUGGGGAUACUUGUGGCUGCCAUGGCAACAAUUACCACCGUACCCAGAAAAAAAGAAUUGUGGUAAUAUUUGGUUUUUCUUUUCACACCAUAGUGACAUAGCGGUUGGUAAUAAAGUUGCCGUAGAAUUACUCACAUUUUGCAUUCAUAUUACUUGUUUGACUUUUUGCAUUAUGUAGGCGAAUGUGAUGCUGGAAUAUGAUAUUGAUGACGCUCAGGCUCUGUUAGAAAAGAAUCUCUCUACCGCAAGAAAGAAUCUUGAAUCUACAGAAGAGGACCUUGAUUUCCUACGGGACCAAUUUACCACCACAGAAGUCAGUAUCCUUUUGGAUUGUAAAUAAGCUUCUUUUUAAAUUUUUAGAAAUGCAGUUGAGUUACAUCAAUUACACACUCUGUCUAGACUAUUAGUAAAACUCUGUCACAAAACUUGGAAGCCUCAUAGAAAAGCAUUAUUUCAGUGGUUUCCUAUGGGGACUUUGAAUGCAGACAUGGAGCUCACAGCGCAUGUGUUGGAUUGGAUAAUUGGCAGUUGAGGCUCUGCCUACUCAGUGAUGUUGUGUGAAGCGGAGAGGUAAGCUGUGACAAGUGAGCUUUGUGCUGGAAAAAGGUAAGACUUUUUUUUUUUUUUUUCUCCUUCCUACUUUCAAGGAAUUAUUGAUUUACACAAUUAUUUUGUUGGUCUCUCUCGUUAUGCUUUGUGCAACUUUUUUAAAAGCAAAAUUGCUACUGUACUUUCCUCCGAACCACUUGGCAUGCGGAGACCAAGGACAAAACCAUCAUGUAAGACCAGAGUUUGUACCAAUGAUUCCCCCUCAAAUGGGUCCUGCUGGUGAACCAGCCCAUGUCUUUGAAUUCAAACAGGCAUGCUGUGUUUUUAAAGCUAGUAUGGAAGUAACCAGAGCUUACCCAGUAUUGGCUCUUCAAAACAAUCUAAUAUUGUUUUUAAUACUUCCUGCUUUCAUUGCAUGUCAGGUUACCUGUGUUCUAUGAUUUGUUGGAUUCUGGGUGUCCCCAAGGCACCCACAAGCUACCCACCAGUUGGUUUUUAAGUGACCCUCUAUGGAAACUAUGGAAUAUUCGUGAUUUGAUUGAUUUUCCUUGACCAAUUUUCCAGAUAUGGCUAGAGUCUAUAAUUGGGAUGUAAAAAGAAGAAACAAGGAUGAUCCUUCCAAAAGCAAAGCAUAG